AUGCUAGACUAUAAUAUUAACAAUAUUGACGUACUUGUAUCAUUUUGCAAAUGUAAAUUUGAGAAUUUAAAUAUUCGUAUCAAAAAAGCCUGGCUUACUGAUCGUGUUCAAAAAAGUUGUUCCGAAAACACUAACAACACUAAUAACAAAGAUGAAUUAUUUAAUAAAAUCUAUAAAGAAUUCUUAAAAUCCAAUCUAAAAGAUUCUAUUUAUCCAACUAUACCACGAAAUAUUAUUGACUCACAUCUUAUAAUGAUUGCUGAGGACAAGCCAGUAGUUUUACAGAUAGUUGACAUUGUAGAAACUGGUGUUUCCACACUAAAUCUAAUUGACAUAGUAAAUAGUUAUCUAGCUGGAUCGUUUAAACAAGGUCAUAAAUACAAGCAUAUUAGUGAAAAAAUAGAAAAUAAUGAUGUAAAUAUUAUACUUCCACGUUCUUUACUUAAAUUAAUUUUAUCUGAUGGAAGUCAACUUUUUGAUGUAAUGGAAUAUAAGCCUAUAAAAGAUUUAAGUUUAUUAACACCUAUUGGAACAAAGGUAUCUAUAAGUAAAGUACAAGUUUUAAGAGGUUACUUUCGCCUUGUACCAGAAAAUAUAAGUAUUUUAGGUGGAUUUGAAAAUAUUGAUCAAUACAAGUAUUUAAAUGUACUACUUGAAAAACUAAAAAAACAACUAAGUGAAAAGGAUACAGUUUCAUUAUUGUCAAAGGCUAAUAUUAAUAAUAAUAUCUCGUGA